AUGUUUCAUUUUUGGAAAAUGAACAGCGAAAUUAUACCUAACUACCAUUUUUCUGUUAAGAAUGUAAAUUUUUUUAAAAACGCAUUAGCACUGUUAAAUGUUGAUGAUAAUAAAUAUAAUAUAAAUUUGAAGAAGGGUACAAAUAGUGCACCAGAAGGGGAAAGUUGUAUUUUGUUUAACUUAUACUAUGAUGGUUUAAUGCUAAGAAGUUUGUCCAAAUGCAAACAAAUAUAUUGUUUUUUAUAUAUGGAUUCUAACUGUUUUACUAGCUAUAAUGUUUUAGAAAAGGAGGAUAAAAAUAUGGUAAAACAGUAUAAACAUGGUAAUAGAAACAAUUCAGUUGAUAUUACAAACGAUAGACAUAGGAAUUACUACGGGGGAGGUCCUGAUGAAAAUAAAAGUAGACCUAGUAAGAAAUUAAAAAGAAGAAAUGAGGAUGAAACAGAAAGUGUCAAUUCAGACAACUUACUUACAACACAUAUAUUUGAUAACAAGAAUGAAAAUGUAAUUAAGUUAAAAAGUAUAUCACCAUUAAAAAUAAAUUAUACAGAAUAUGAUGAAAAUGAAAAUGAAUAUAGUAUAAGAAAAAGAAUAUAUGAAGAUAUUGAUGAAAAAAAGAAUGGUUUUGAAUUUCUUGUAUCUCCAUAUGAUUUAUUAAGAGCAUUAGAAUUUUUAGAUGCUGUUAUAUUAAAUAUAAAAUUUGACUAUUUGAAUAGAAAAUUAAUUUUACAUUUAACUGAUGAAGAGGGUGAUACAUCUGAGACCUACAUCCGAAUUAUUGUAGAUUAUUAUUAUGAAAUAUUUAAAUUAGAAAAAUAUACUUUUUUAAAUAAUGAUUAUAAUUACUUUUCUUUACAAUCUAGCGUUUUCUCAUUCUACUUAGAGUAUUUAAUUAAAAGUAACGACCAGUAUAUUACCUUUUACAUACGCGAGUAUACGAAUGACAGCACGACUGUGCUGAAAAUGGAAACGAAAAAUAAAAAUUACCAAAGAUCUGUUCAGUUAAUGCCCAAGGAAAACUUUGAAGAAUUUAAGAGUUUAAAAAAUCAAAUAUUUAAAUACAGGAUAAAAGAUUUGUCCAAAAUUAAUCAAGCUUUGAAAAUAAGUUCUCAUCUUAGGAUGGAUUUUCAGGAAAAUGGCUUAUUAAGGUUCCAAUUUACCUUAAAGGAAUACAAUAUGAAUGGAACACACUUAUGUUAUUUUGUACAACCCUUGUCUGAUAUUACAAUGCUGAAUUCUAAUUAA